GCUAUCAAAGUCCCCGGCACGCCCCCCUUUCUGAGAUGACCCCGGAAAACGGGAGGGGCAUCUCUUUACGCAUCAGCCAAUGGCAAUCGAAGGAUUCCAGUGUCACUACGCGUCACCGACCGCCGACCCGCGGAGGAAUCUCUCCAACGCGCGGACCGUCGUCAAGGGGCCCGGACCAAAAUUGCCCGGACUUUGUGCUCAGCAUUCGUCGUUCGUCGCAUCCCACGGUCGCGCUAUGGACCUUUCGGACCUAACGUCUCUAGAGCUCGAAAUCCUGGAACGGACAGCUGACAUGGGUGCCAUAUCCUAUGAUUCGACCCCGAUGCGCGACGUGGACGAACGCAGCGCCGCGGGCACCGACUGUGGCAACGACCAACGGCCGCGCCGCGGUGAAGCGAGUCCGCAAGAGCUGGAAGACGCACCCGACGAUGGAAUCGGGCGGCUUGGGAACACGGACUGGUGUCUAUGUGGUUCCUGCGCGCCGAUGGAGACCGUCGUCGAGUGCGUCUGCUGCCGCGAAUACCCGGCCGUCGCACGGAAGCAGCAGGGCCGGCAGGGCUGCGUAACGGGCCACCCGGACUUCGAGGCCCUGUGCCUCAACCCUGAGGUGUUGAGGUUGGCCUACCUCAACAUGCGGCACUACGGGCAGCAAGGGAUGGGCGCAAGUGCCAGCGAAUGCCAGACACCCUGAAGCCGGUGGAUGAUCAUCUCGACAUGUUCCUUGUGGUGCCAGCAACACUUGCACCGCUGGUGUGGCAUUCUUUGCACGCUAUGCUGGGAUAGUUUUUUAGGAGUGCCAUGUCUGGACAGCUUAUUCAGAAGCAGGCUGUCGUCGUCGAGAUCCAUGCUUUUUUUUUUUAACAGAUGAUGUUGCAGUGCCCACAUGGGCGAGUAUGACAGAAAGGAUUCGAGAUUGGAAUAGGUCACCAAACAGUAUCGCAUCAUUUUUCGUUAAAAUAUUUUUCUAACAACACUAUUCAUUGAAAUAAACACUGAAAUUCAAAGUUUCUCGUGCAAGAAUGGGGAGGCCUGGGGGUGCUCAUAUGUAUCCCCACUACUCUCAUGAUAGUAGUGUCACCUCUAAAUCAACACAGCAUAAUGGAAGACAUAUCGCAGUCUAAAACGGGGAAAAAUGUUGAUAUAUGUGUCUUGCAGAUGCGUAUAUGACCAAAUAGCAAAUGAUUGCGGUGCCCUGAGCCCUAAGGUAUUCAGGACCAAUAAACACAUGGGGGUGGUAGCAGCUGUCAUGGCAAAUGGAAGCUGUCAGAAUGACAUGUUCGGAUAUUGACACGGAUUGUGUCGGAGAGACAUGAAAUCACAACUGCUGGAGCCACUCCAGUAUUGCAUGAGCACUUCAGCUCGUAUGUUUACACCAAAACUGUUCUGUGCGAGCUUCAUAGAACACUCAUGGCCAGGCUGCUAUUCUCAAAUCCCUAAUCACCAGUACCAAUGCCAAGCUUCGGCAGUGCCAGCAGCACUUUAGACAAUGUUAAAUUGGGACGUUCUCUGAUGAGUUCACAUUCCCUGGCACUUGUGUGCAGGAAACCUUUGCAGUAGGUGUGUGCGAAUAUUGGUUCAAAUUGAAUAGUAUGUUUGCCAU